AUGGAAGCACUGAAGGGUAUUCUCGUGCUCAAACCUUCUCAUUUCGUGAAGCCCGAAGCGGUCAAACGGCGUCUGUCCCGCACAGGAAAUGGGUUGCUUCUGGCUGAAGGAGAGAUCCACAAGGUCAGCGCACUGGCAAGUUUUCAAUCACAAGGGUUAACAAUAGUUGAGAUGGCCAGCCGACUCGAGAGCGAGAUUCUUGAUACCAAUUCCAAUAACAGAGGCGUCGUUGAGGUGAGGGCAUGGGCAACACGGGCGAGGCUCGAUAUCAUCGGCUUGGCAGGGCCGGGACACGACUUUGACUCCUUACAGAACCCAAACAGUUCUCUUAUGCGGCGGUAUCGACAGAUGCGACAGGAUCCAUCACCAUUGGAGAGUGCACUGACUACCUGUCUCAUGUUCCUGACCGAUUAUGCCGACCAAUUGGUAUCCCUGCUGCCGACCAAGCGAAUGACACGGAUAAAGGCCGCAUCCCGGGCCAUCCGAACGGUUUGCCACGGAGCUCUUGAAGCCAAGAAGAGGGAAAGGACGACAGGCUCAUCAGGCCAGAGAGACAGGGAUAUAGCAACUGUCACCUUCGAUAGCAGGAUGUUCACUGAUAGCGAGCUGGUGGAUCAAAUAAUGACAUUUUGGCCGCGGGACAUGGAACCACGCCCCACGCCCUUCAGUGGGCCAUAUACGCGCUCUGCAUUGGGAGAUACAGAAUCGCCUUCGAGAAGAGGUUCGUUCGCAUUUGCCAUCCAUCGCCGAUGGCGGAUCUGCUCCCUCGGCUACUCAUCUGGAUAG